GCUUUUAUGCUACAAGCCUAGCAGUUUAAAAUGCAAUGAAAAUGGCAGCGUUCGUACCUUCACCUUUUAGAUUUAGUUUUAGAACCUUAACAAGUAUUGGAGUUAAAAGAACAUCUAAAUAUUUAAAUUAUCGAUUUGAACGUUUAAAGAGAAAAUGCAGCACAUCAUCUAUGAACUUGUUAACUUUAAACAAACGAGGCUUGGUUGAAAAUAUUUUUCCCGAUCAAAGAAUUCCAGAUUUGCAAAAAAUGCUUCAGACCCCCCAGACCAUAUACUGUGGUUUUGACCCCACCGCAGACAGUCUUCACAUUGGUAAUCUGCUCUCUUUGAUGGUGCUAUUACAUGGUCAGAGAGCAGGACAUAACCCGAUAGUUGUGCUAGGUGGUGCCACUGUCAUGAUUGGUGACCCAAGUGGUAAGACUAAAGAACGACCACUUUUAGAAGCUGAUGAUGUUGAGAAGAAUAUUAUAGCACUUAUGGAAAAUGUUCAGAGAGUCACUGAUAAUCACAGCAAGUUUAUUUACAAAGGCUCCAAGCCAUUAACAGAUUUCAGAUAUCUGAACAAUGCAGACUGGUAUAAAAAUAUUAACAUGGUUUCAUUUUUAUCUUCAUUUGGAAGAUAUUUUAGAGUUGGGGAGAUGAUUACUAAACAUAGUGUCAAAAGUCGAUUAAAUAGCAAAGAAGGAAUAACUUGUACAGAGUUUAUGUACCAAAUUUUUCAAGCCUAUGAUUGGUAUCACUUGUUUCAAAAGUAUAACUGUACCAUUCAGGUUGGUGGUAAUGACCAAACUGGCAACAUUUCUGCUGGAUUUGAUCUUAUUGACAAAAUAACAAAAAAACAUGUGUUCGGUCUUUUAAUACCUCUGUUACUGGCGCCUGGUGGUGAAAAGCUAGGAAAGUCUUCUGGUAAUUCUUUGUGGUUGGAUCCCAAAAAAUCAUCUCCCUUUGAAUUCUAUCAGUAUUUUUUUAAUCUGCCUGAUACAGAGGUUGAGAAGUAUCUAAAAAUCUUUACCUUUCUACCUCUAACAGAAAUUGAAUCUAUUAUGGAAAAGCAAAACAGGUCACCAGAACAAAGAGUGGCUCAAAAGAAAUUGGCAGAGCAAAUGACAUUACUUGUGCAUGGAGAAUCAGGCAUAGAUUCUGCUUUGAGAUGCACGGAGGUUCUGUUUGGUGAUGCUAUACCUGCCCUGACAGCAAUGAGCUAUACAGAGUUGCAGCAGCUCUUUAGAAGUGCUCCUUCUACAGAAAUCAUUUAUGAUCCAGAAAUAACUGUAUAUGACUUGUGCCAGAGAAUUAAAUGCUUCACAAAAACAGAAGACAUAGAGCGCAUAAUAAAAUCUGGAGGUGUGUAUAUCAAUCAACAAAGAAUCACAGAGCCUAACCAUGUCCUGAGAGAUGGCCAGCAUAUAUUACCCAACCACAUAACUUUGGUCAGGGUUGGAAAAAAAAAUUUCUAUGUUGUGAGGUGGCACUUGAGAUAACUUUUACCUGCUACUUAGUUACUGUCCUGGAUUAAAGUUUGUGUGACUUUCGAACAUUGUUUAUGAAAGAAUCAUUUCAUUAUUGUACAUUCAUUGAAAAGUAAUUAUUAUUACACUAGUAUGUGCCAGUUUGUGAUAGCUUGCAAUAAAUUUGGGAACAAUU